AUGGACUCUUUCAAGCGGAGACAAGAGAGCCUCCAGGGGGCGUUUGGUGCUUCCUCUAGCGCCAGCAAUGGCUUCCUGCUUUCGCAGCAGCAGAGCGCCCCAGCUUUAGGGGCCCCUAAGCGACUCCGUGUGGCUGGGGGCUCUACGGCUGCAGAGGAUGAGGGUGGAGGUGUCUCCCAGGAGGGAACUGCCUCGAAGGCCGCCUUGCCGGUGUGUCUACUGGUAUCCGAAAAUAUCGCUGGCGCUCUAAUUGGGAAGGGGGGAUGCACCGUGAGGGAGUUCGAGCGGCUUACCGGUGCGCGCAUUUUUGUGCAGCGGAAUGCCAUGGCCCCCCAUGAGUUGGCGGCAGCGAAGCAAGCGGUGCUGGAGACAGCGGGGGCCCCCUCGCAGAGCCAGUCCCUCGACGUGACCAAGAUAGUUGCGAUUGGGGGGAGCAAGGAUGAAGAGGUCUAUGGGGGCCUGAUGCGCGUCUUGGGGUUGAUUUCUUCGCAUCCUGCGCACAUCGGGAGGUCCACAGCAGUGCUGCUGGUCCCUCAGAGAAGCGUAGGCGGCAUUGUUGGGCAGCGCGGUAGGACCAUAGAGGAGCUGAGUCAAAAGUCGCAGGCGCACAUCCGUGUCGUUCCUGGUGUUGCCUCUCCCAACGGAGAUAGAGCUGUGUGUUUCACGGCUCAGCACGAUGAUCACGUGGCGCUGGCCAUUCAGCUGAUGCAGCUGCAGCUGCAGCAAAUGGUGGUCACAGGCAGGCUCAUGCCCUCGGAGUUCGAUUAUCUCGUGAGUCUGGCCUCGGUACCGCAGCCGAAGGCGCUUCGGAGUGCCAAGACACCGCCAACGCCGCUGGGCCCCCCCCUUCCUGGGGUUGUGUCCAUGGGGCCCAUGGCGACCGCUCCGGUGGGAGCUGGCGGAUAUUACGGAGCUAACGGCACGUGGGGAGCGCCCCCCUCAGGGCCCCCCCCCGUACAAGGCUCCACUCCUCAAGGAUCGGUUCCGGGAGGCUCCUUAGGGGGUUCUGGUGUGAGCGGCAGCAGGUUUGUCAUGAGUGCUGAGGCUUGUGGCGGGGUUGGCUGCAAUUCUGUGCUGUGCUUCGUGAUACCGCAGCGGCUGGCGGCGUGGGUAGUAGGGCCCCAGGGAACCCACGUAAGGGCAGUGCGGGAGGAGACAGGCGUGCAGUUGCAGAUACUUGAUGAAGUCUCGGGCUUUACUGGAGAGGAUGCGCGGCGGAUGGGGAGAGGGGCAGGGGGGCCCUUCGCAGGAGGAGGCCCUGGAGGGCCCCAGGCGGACGGCGCUGAGAGCAGCACUGAGAGGUUUUGUAUGGUCUCGGGAGGCGUGCAGUCGUUGUGUGGAGCGAUUUUGAGGCUUGGCGUCCCUUUGCAGGAGAAGCUGCAGCAGGUGCAUCAGCCGUUGCGGCUCCUGAUCCCCUUCAGGUUUGUUAGUGCGCUGAUUGGCAGUAAGGGCGCCUUCAUUAGAGACAUGCAGCACAAGUCGGGCGCCACCAUUCAAAUAUCGAAGGGAUCGGGGGCCCCCGAGGCGGGCUCUGCAGGGCCCCAGGGUUCGUGGGGAGGGGCCCCAAGGGACCAGCACAGGAUUGUUACGAUCGAGGGGCCUUUGUGCGCGAGACUGAUUGCACUUGCUCUUGUGUGGCAGCGCAUCUUGGGAGUGGAGUAUCCCGAUCUUUCGAGAAGCGGUGCACCCUUCAUGUGUGUUUCUUCGCUCCUAGAGGACCUGCAGCAGCAGGGUCAUGAUGUGUCGAUGGCACAGCUGCCUCCCUCAUCCGCGGGGGCCCCAAGGAUGCCGCCGCCUCCGCAGCAGCAGCAGCAGCCGCCGUUUCCGGGGGCUGAAGGGGCCCAGUACUAUGAUGGUGCUGCGGCAGCUGCGGCAGCUGGUGCUUGGGGGGCCCCUCAGUCUGAUCCAAUGGCUGGAGUGGGGGGGGGCCCCGCGCCGUCGUGGGGCAGCGAGGAUCCAGCGGCGGCAGCUGGUUGGAAUGCGCCUCCCGCGCAGUCUGUGGCACCGACGUAUGAGCAGAUGGAGGGGUGUUUCAAGGGUUUUUGUUCUCGCUUCCUUUCUGCCCAGGAGAUGGCAAUGUGUGGGGAGAGACAGACGGUCCAGCUGCUGCUCUCGCAGGCUCAGGGAGAGGUAUUGUUACGGCGUGACUCAGCGAAUGCACGAUACGGCAAUGCCGUCCCGAACGCUCCCCCCCCAAAUGCGUUGGAUCAGAUAAGCGAGAUGACUGGGUGCCAUGUGCGCUGCUUUGUUACGCAUGAGCCAAUCAUUCAGGGGGCCCAAGGGGGGCCUCCCCAGCAACAAAUGGUGUUGAUCUUCACAGGGGCUCCCGUGGCAAACAGCCUCGCCGUCAUGCUGGCGCAGGCGAGGCUGUCGCAGGUGGUGGCUUGA